UUAUAAGUACUCAUUCCGUAAUACCCUAUAGUUCAAUGCGGAGUAAGAGCGCUGUAAAAAAAGAAGGGGAAACUGCAACUUUUUUAUGGGUUGGCAUAAUUCGCUUCCAGAGAAUUUAAGGUUAAUGCUAAAAAAUUGUUUUAAGUUCAAGUUUGCAUCAGUAGUAAUUUUCCACAGCUUUUAGUUUCCUAGAGGUUCUUGAAAUAUGCAGAACUACGCAGAGGUUCUGAAGGACUUUGUAGAGAAGCAUAGUACGGGUCUCACAGUCGCUGCUGUUGCAGGAAUAGGGAUUCUAGGUUUGCGAAGAUGGAUGGCAGGAGGGGUUUGUCGGAGCAAGGCCAGGCUGGAUGGCAAAACAGUCCUGAUUACAGGAGCAAACACUGGGAUUGGGAAAGUGACAGCCAUGGAUAUGGCUCAGAGAGGUGCCAGAGUGAUCAUGGCCUGCAGAGACAUUCCCAAAGCCUACAGUGCAGCAGAUGAAAUUCGUCAAAAAACUGGGAACAAUAACCUUUUGGUAAAGAAACUGGACCUCGCCUCACUGAAGUCUGUCAGGGAGCUAGCUAAGUACAUCCAAGAGAACGAGAAACGCCUUGACAUCCUUAUUAACAAUGCAGGUAUUAUGAUGUGCCCUAAGUGGAAGACUGAAGAUGGUUUUGAAAUGCAGAUCGGUGUCAACCACUUGGGACAUUUUCUCCUCACCAAUUCUCUUCUUGACCUGUUGAAGAAAUCAGCUCCAAGUCGUGUUGUUGUUGUUGCAAGCAUUGCACAUGUUACAGGUCGUAUUCACUUCGAUGACAUUAACCUUGAUAGAAAUUACGAUAAUUUGGUAAGCUAUCGGCAAAGCAAGCUGGCAAACAUUCUCUUUGCCAGGGAAUUGGCUGCAAGAUUGCAAGGCACCGGUGUGACAGUGUACAGUCUUCAUCCUGGACUGAUUCGCACUGAGUUAGGUCGCCACUUGUUCCCUCACUGGUCUUGGUGGAAGAGGAUGAUAGCCUCAGUCCUGAUGAUGAUUGUUAAAAGUCCCUGGGAAGGAGCCCAAACCAGUAUCUACUGUGCUGUGGAGGAGAGUCUGGCAAAUGAGAGCGGCCUCUACUAUAGCGACUGUGCUCGCAAAAAGCCUGCAGCUCCAGCUCUAGAUGACGCUGCUGCCAAAAGGUUGUGGGACCUCAGUGCCUCCAUGGUUGGUCUUUCCUAAACAUGGCCUCCUCACUUCAGUAACCACUUCCUUCCAGUGGAGUUGGUAACCCUGUUUAUAUGGGAGUACAAAGAGCUUCAAUUUAAUAUAAUUUUUUAAUCACUAAUGGGUAUUUGGAUUAGUUAAGAUUUUUCACAUGCUUGUAUUUCAAAGCACUUAGAUGCUUUCAGCACAAUUAUUUGCACUAUUUACUCUUAUUCCAAUGAAGUAACACUUGCCAUAAAGAGGUGCUAAGCUUUAUUUUUAUAUCACAAACAAUUUAUAUAAGCAUGAUUUUUUUUUCUGUAAUUGUACUAGAGGUGUAAGAAUACUCGUGUUCUUGCCAAACUGUCACAGUUUGAUGUUUUCACUCAGAUUUAUCAGUUACAGGCCAUCACAGGUUUUGUGGACGAGAGGAUGGAUAUAAGGCUUUUUUGUGUUUUCUGUUUAAUACCAGUAGAAAACAUUAGUCAAUAAAAAAUGUUAGUUAAAGCCGUUCAAGCGUUAGACAUGUGGCUGUUUCAAUCAAACAUCCAUCAAACUUAGGCUCCUCAAAUGGCUCUAGGCGACAAAUUAAAACAGCAAAAAAAGUAUAAAAAAGCAGCAGAACAAAAUUCAAUCGUUGUUCCAUAGAUUAGAGAUGGAUAGUUCUGUGAACUACUUUCGGAAGAGUUUGUAAGGCAGUAAAUUGUUAUCACCAGAUUUCUUCCUUCCAAGUUUAAAAAGUUCCAGUCACUGGAGAGUCCUGCAGCAGCAAAGCAAAGCUCAACUAGCUUUUCCAUUCCAUAUAUAUCCAUGUUACUCACCUGUUUUGCUAAUGUUAUCAUAUCACAUCAGAAGAAACCAUUGCACACAUUAAAGCUGUUUGAUUAACAAGGUAAGGGUAUGUAAGUAAAGGAGACUGAUAUAGUUUAAGAAGCAAAACAUUUUAACAAUACAGAAGUUUGGAGACUUAUUUCAUGUAAUCAAAAAUAUUUUAUUUGUUUGUGAUAAAGCAACAGUGAGCACCAACUGGUUCAUUUAUGGAAACAGUCAUUUAUGAAUAUAUGAAUGAAGAACUUUACCCAGUAUUAAAUGUUCUAAUUAACCCAUUAUUUAGAUGAUUGUGGAUGAUUUCACAAAGCAAUAUUAUUAACAAUGUAAAUUCACGGCAAAGCUACAAAUUUUCAAGAAUACACAAGAAACAAUUAAGGCUUUAAAACCUUUAUUGACGGUAUUUUACAAAAGAAGACAACUUUCAGUUUCAUGUUCAGUUCUAUGUCUGCUCAAGAAGUUAAAAAAAAGUGAAGCAAGACGUUUUCUGUAAAGGAAAUGACUCUUGACCCGUGACGACAGCACUUGGAGGAAUGUUGCACUUUAGAAGAGAUGAGAUCCUGAGAAUGUAAACGUCUCUGGGGCGCAGAACAGAUUGGAAGAAGAAAUGCAACCAGGAGGAUUGCACAGCUCACCCUAACAUGAGAUAAUAUUUGGGAUGCUAGGACAAGGCUGUUUUUUUAUUCCUUUAAUAUGAAGGUUUUCUGUGUGUGGUAAUGGUAACUGAGUUCACAAAGUGUUAAGUGUACAAUAUGAAGCCACCAGCAGCAUAAUAUUCUCACUAAUAAAAGUCCAAAGAAAAGAGGCAUUUUUGUGUCAGUUUGUAGAUCACAAAUGUAAAGACAGUCUCAGUUUUUGUCAAAAUCGUGUGUUUGAAUCAGGCUAUUCUAAUUUUGUUUUUAAAUUACAUAUAACUGGGUAUUUAAACAAAGAAAAAUUAAGGUCAAAUGUUCAAAUAAAAAUGAGAGAAAUCUUUGAAAGAUUUAUUAAUCUGAUAACUCAUGCUUUUUUUUGAAAGUAAUGAUUUUUCUGACUCAAAUAUGCAGUUAGAUCAACUUACUGCAUAUUUGAAUGUUGCUGCAGUUCAUACAUAGCCAUUUCUAUAAACCAAGACUCCAAGACUAUUUGUAUCUGAUCUCUUUCUCUCUUUGUGUAUUGGUUUUAAUUCUACUGUUACUUAAAUAUGGAAAUUACCCAUGUUGGCCGAUUGGUGUCAAUGCAACAAUGCAGUAUAAUUACUCACCUAAUCAUGCAUUCCACUUUCUGCUUAUGAUUUCCGUGACAAAGAGUUUUGUCGGCCAUGCUGCAUCAUGUCAGGCUGUUAACUUUCUGGCUUGGAAAUUUCAUGCUCAGAAAUCAGUUGAGCUCCUUGAAUCAUUUUGAAAUUUUCCCAAAGACUGAUUUAGACACAAAGUGUUUAAAUGCAUACACAUUUAAAUUGUUAACUGUAAAAGUUAGCAUCUUGAUUUGCCUUUAUUCAUUACGUAGUAGUUUUAAAUGAAUAAUCCAAAAAUGGCUCCACAAGCUAAGACGGCUUUCCAGAACCAGCAACUUGAAGAGAAUG